UACCGGAAAUCAAACAGAAUUCGCAUCGGAAGUACGAGUUUCGUUCAAAAUAAGACCAGCAUUUUUGUUUCUUUAUAAUUUUGGGGAAAUUAGACACUCAUAAGAAGAAAGGGACAUACUCAAAUCCAAAUUUCGAGAAACCAUGUUGCUAAAUUCCUUGCUUUUUAAAUAGGCCAUGUUUUUCUGAGUGGCAUAUGCAUCUCCCCGUUUGGCGGAUCCGUGGUGGUCACGUGAUUUUUGGUGUAUGCUAUAACAUUAGCCGCUGGAGUCGAGGUAGUGGUUCCCAAUCGAGUCUAACACCACUAGCUAACUAAAGUAUAAGGUUAAGGAGAAUACAAUGGAUUUCAACGUGAAGAAAUUUGCCUCCGGUGCUGGGCUGUUUUUCACAAGAGCUUUUCAGUUCACAGAAGAGAAGCUGGGGCAGGCGGAGAAGACUGAGUUGGACGCUCAUUUUGAGAACCUGAUGAGCCGCGCAGACUGCACCAAACACUGGACUGAUAAAAUAUACAGACAGACUGAGGUCCUGCUGCAGCCCAACCCAAUUGAUCACACUGGUGCCAGAAUUGAAGAGUUUCUUUAUGAAAAGUUGGACAGGAAGGCACCUUCCAGAGUUACCAAUGCAGAACUGCUGGGUCAAUAUAUGCAGGAUGCAGCUAAGGAGUUUGGUCCUGGAACUCCAUAUGGCAGUGCUUUGAUGAAGGUGGGGGAAUGUGAGAGAAGAUUAGGCACAGCAGAGAGGGAGUUCCUCCAGACAUCAGCCAUCAGUUUUCUUACCCCCCUCAGGAACUUUCUGGAAGGAGACUGGAGGACCAUUUCAAAAGAACGACGUCUUCUGGAGAAUCUCCGUCUGGACCUGGACGCCUGUAAAACACGUCUGAAAAAGGCCAAGGUGGCCGAGGCUAAAGCUUCGAUGGCUCCAGAUUUUCAAGAAACCAGACCCCGCAACUAUGUGCUUUCUGCAAGUGCUUCUGCGCUAUGGAGUGAGGAAGUGGAAAAAGCUGAACAUGAACUCAGGGUGGCCCAAACAGAGUUUGACCGCCAAGCAGAGGUCACACGGCUGCUUUUGGAGGGCAUUAGUAGUACACAUGUGAAUCACCUGCGCUGCCUGCAUGAGUUUGUGGAGGCCCAAGCAGCUUACUAUAAACAGUGUCACCUGCACAUGCAAGAACUCCAGAAGGAGCUGGGAAGUUCUGAUGAGGAUGUGUUGUAUUCCCGCUGUAGGAACAGAAUGGGAUUGAGGUUUCCCAAUGCUUUUGCUCUUAACUCCACUCAUUCCGUGGCUGCUGCUGGCUCUGAAGCAGAAGGUCUCAGCAGCCCUGUGGAGACAGACACACUGAAGAUUGAGGAGGUUCAGGCCCCAGCUACAGGAACCCGCAAGGCCAAAGUCCUUUAUGAUUAUGAUGCUGCUGAUUCCAGUGAGCUCUCUCUUCUAGCUGAUGAGCUCAUUACAGUUUACACAAUGCCAGGAAUGGACUCUGACUGGCUGAUUGGAGAGAGAGGAAACCAGAAAGGAAAAGUGCCUGUCACAUACUUGGAGCUUCUCAGCUAAAGAAUGCGCACACCCACACGUGUACCUGUGUGCUACUAAAGCCAUGAGGGCAUUUCAGUUAUUUACACCGAUACCACAGUCUUACACUAACCUGUCUUUCAGUAGUAGUCCUCCACACUAAGCAUUGACAAAAGCAUUAUGUUACACACCCCCACACACACACACACACACACACACACACACACUCCUCCAUGUGCGUGUCACAACAUAGACAAGUGCAGAUGGAGACUUUACUAUGAAUACUGGAAAUUCCCCUGUGGGGGAUGAGUAACAUUCCCUUUAGAGUUGUUUGGUGAUUUAUUAUGGUUGUUUCCUAUUUAUUCCCUAUUUAUUGUUGUUUAUCCCCUAUUUAUUUGGGGAGACCUAUCCAUGGGUGGAUGAUGUUCAGCUCAGAUGAAAUGAAGGGAUUUCCAUCCAAAAUAUGUUUUUUGUGUGUGUGUGUGUGUGUGUGUGUGUCUUUACUGUCUCUUAAUGCCACCUUUGUCCAUGAAUUUAGUGCUGAAUGGUGAUGUUGUCUUGUUUCUAAAAUGCAACAUCAUGAUGUCCACAAAUGCUUUGUGUUCUGAAUCAAGUUUAGAAGGUGGACGGUUGCCCCGAUCUUUCUCUGAGUGAGUCAGCAGUAUUGAUCAAAUGAACAUGCAGUAACAGCACCUAGAUUGUUCUGGGUAAAGGGAUGAUGACGGGUUUCAUCCUUUGAAGUUCAUUAAAUAAAUCUCAUUACGACCGUCCUCUAACUACCAGACAUGGACAAGGAAAACCAUUCAUGUCACUUUAUGCUUUAUUUUAAAUCCAUAAAUAAAAUGCUUCCGAGGUUAUAGUGCAGAAAUGUGUUCUGCUCCUCUGUCU